AUGCCGUCGAUCGCUCUCGCCCUCGCCGGGUUCGAAUACGCGGACGCCAAACGCUUCCAGGAGCAGCUCCUCCCCGAGUACGACGUGGUACAGAGCAACAGCGCCAUCGACUGGCAGCUGGCGUUCAUGAUCAACUUCUCCUGCCGCGGCGCGACGGACUUCCCCGUAAGCUCGUUCGGCAUCGGCACCAACGGGACCAAACCGGAGGAGGAGCGCAAGACGCCGCGCGCCGUCAUUGUCAGCGCCCGCGCCGACGCCGCCGACGUCGGCGAGUUCAAGGCCGAGGUCGGUAAAUACCACCCCAACUUCUUGAUCCUGUGCCUCGCCCCGCCGGCCGGGGACGGUGAUGGUGCCACCCCCGAUGAUGCGGAGCCGGCUGUGGAAACGGUGCGGGAGCUGCUGGAUGCGCACGUCGAGGCCGGGAAGCUCUCCCACGACGGCAGGCCGGUUCGGGAGGAGCCUGCGGGCGCGAGACGUCCGGCUGGGUUGGGCUGGUGGUCGCGGCUGCGCUUGUUUUAAGGCGGGUAGGGUAGGUAGUUUGGCCCGGAUUGGUGAUGGUUUGUGGGUGGUCUCAGUACCACCUAGCUAGGUGCCUUGGUAAGGUAGCGAGAGUACCUACCUAUGGUACGUUCCAACUCGAGCAUGGCAGUUCGUUGUCUG